CCUGAAACCAGCGCGACGCAAAUUCGACCGACUGCAGAGAACUCCUGAUUGGAGAUCAAGGCUUUGGAAGUGAAAAAAGGGACCUUCCGAAGACCAUGUCUCUGCGACCAAGCUUUAGGCUUGCCUGCAGAACGCUGGCACUACGAUCAAGGCCAGUGUUGCCGAGACAGGAAGCCCUUGGGUGGUCGCUCUCGAAAAGACGAUAUGCCGACGACUCGACGACAAAACCUCCUGCGAAGCCAUUGAAUCAAGCAACCAGCACCACUCCCGCCGCGGAUGUGUCACAAACGCAGACUAAGGGAGUAGGGGUGUCGAACCCGGCGGAAGACAAGGAGGGUUUAGGAGAUGAUUUCUCCGUGCAAUCGAGCACGGAAGAUGCGAUUGAUCAGCUCGAAGCUGCUCUUGCCGGCCUCUCCGAGAAGCCGAAGAGCAGAGCCACAUCCAAGCCGGGAGAAUCAUGGGAUGCUCUGGCCGAAGAGGCUGCUGCGGACAACUCGGGGCUGACAGUCGAAGAGGCCAUGGGAGAGUUGGAACGUGCCGCACAAGGACAGGGGAGCGGUGUCGGGCUCGAGGGUGGACUGACGCCGAGCCAGGAGGAACACCUUUACCGCGAAGGGUCCAUCCCGCCCACGAUGUCGGACGGCAAUGCCCAACGAGAUAUUGAGGUGUUGGCCUCCGGUGGACUGCUGGCGGACGCAGUGGAGGAGCAACAAGUUCAGGUGGACGCUAAGGGGAGGGUACACAAGUGGCCUCUUCCCACGCUGCCUCUGGAGCCACAGAACAAACUCAAGUCCAGGUACCACCCAGUGCUCGACCAACUAACGAAUCUGCUUAUGCGACAUGGCAAGAAGAGCGUUGCGCAGAGGAAUAUGGCGAUGAUCCUGAAUUUCCUCCGAACCUCACCUCCUCCCAUCCUCAGCCAGAAAUACCCGUUGCUACCGGGUCAUCCGCCGGCCUCGCACCUCCCACUCAACCCGGUCCUGUACAUGACGUUAGCGAUCGACAGCGUGGCGCCGCUUGUCCGCAUCAACUAUAUCAAGGGUGGUGCUGGUGGUGGUCGAGCGCUCGAGGUGCCCAAGCCGCUCAAGGUGCGGCAGCGAAGGCGGACGGCGUUCCAAUGGAUCCUAGACGUGGUGUCGAAGAAGCGCUCGACGGGUAGUGGGCGCACACAGCUUGCGCACCGCAUCGCAAACGAGAUUAUCGCAGUGGCGGAGGGGCGGUCGUCGGUCUGGGAGAAGCGGCAAGCGGUCCACAAGCUCGGCACGGCGACACGAGCCAACGUCAACAAGAAGCCCGUUCGCUCACACUAGAUCAACGAUAGGAGUGGAGCCGCACAUUACGGCCGCCGGGCGUUGUAAUAUUAGAUAGAUUCCAGGGGCCAUGUAUUGUAUCACUGUACCGAACAAACUGUAUACCUACCUACGCAUCAACUUCAUUACGCUUGUCUUCAUGUAUAUUCGUAGUCGUCGAUGGACUCUACUAGAUCUGGCGGUGUUCGGUAGGACUUCGAAUGGUGCUAAUAC